AUGGCUAGCAUUACACACACAACUCCAGACGCGGGCCCAGCUGAUUCGUCAUCCCAGAAGGAUCUUAACGAAGAUUCUGCGAAAAGCUCACGGGAUGAUGGCCCUAGCGAAGAAACGUCAAAUUUUCCAAAGAACGAAGCGGCCGAGCCUGUACAUACUUCUCGAAAUAGCGACGGCGAUGCCACUAAAUCAAGAAAGAACUCGAUAGUAGAAGAUACAGAGGACAAAGACGACGAAGUGCAAAGACCAUGGAAAGACUUGGAGGAUUAUAUGGUUCGCCGCAAGCCGCCGGAAUACGAUGCCGAAGGGCUUGUAACUCUCUGGAACGCUCAAUACGACACGAGUCCAGAGCCUGCAAGUUAUAUGGCUGCUGAUUUUGACAUUGUUGUUGUCCAUGGGUUGAGAGGUGCCCGACGACCUCCUUGGGAAAACCCCGGAGCUGGAAGCUCUAUCUGGCUUUACGAUCAGGGCCGUUAUGGUGGCCGUAAAGUGAUGUCUUUCGGAUACAGUAUCUCAAAGAUCAUGUGUGGUAUCUACACAUAUCAAGUAAUAAUGAAUGUUGCAAAGAGACUUUUAGACGACCUGGAGAGAUCUAUCAUGUUAAUUGCGCAUGACAUCGGGGGAACCAUAGUGAAGUGUGCACUCGCACUGGCCGAGCUAAAUCCUCGAUCGUAUGGGGAUAUCUUCGAUUCCAGCCGUGUUCUAGUUUUUUAUGGCUGUCUACACAGGACCACGGACAUCCUAGAAAUGGAAGAUAGGUUGUCAAAAUUCUUAUAUGGCCACAUUUUAUUAGAAGGUCCAACUCCCCCCCCACUUGUAAACUCAACGAGACAUCUUGCAGAGGCUAUUAUGUCCAUCAAUGCUCUCUUCACGGACUCUAAACAAAUGUUCCUGUCAUCUAUACUCAGCAUAUACUCGGACGUUGAUGAAAGUCUCAUUGAUAAGAUCUAUGAUGGGUUUACUGGGACAUUAGGUAUACCUUUUGAGAUACGCGUCCCCGGUGGCCUAAAAGACGACCGAGGCCUGAUCGAGAAGAACCUCAAUGGGGUAAACUCAUCGGCGAAUGUCGAUAGGAGUCUACGAAACAAUCAACGAUUGUUGGCCUCUAUUGCUUCACCUCCGCUACCCCUCAGAACUGCCGCGGGUCCUACCCAUCCUUACUCAUGGGUUACCGAAAAUGAGGUGUAUCAAUCCUGGUAUACUCAACGGGGACCGAGUUUAUUAUAUUUGGAUGGCAAGUCUGACACACAGGCGGCAUCUGAGUACAUUUUUGGUCAUCUUGACAACCUUAGUUUGAGCAAGGAUGAUGAUUGGUUUGUGCUCUAUUUCACCUUCAAUCGCUACGACGUUAGAAGGCAUAAAAUAGAAGACAUGCUUACAACAUUCCUUGCUCAAAUGUGUGGCUUCUUACAAUCACCCGAUUUCGAUUGGCUGGAAGAUAUUCGAGUUCACCGAGGAUGGAAGUAUAUGGAUUUGUUAGACUUGCUCAGCCUCUACUAUUUAUGUAUAAACAGGCGGAGAGUCUCUUGCGUCAUAAACAAUUUCGAUGACUGCGAACCCCUUUCCAGGAAGACCUUUCUUAGCAGUAUUUAUUCCUUCUCGGAAAACCAAAAUAUGUCAUUGAAAGCUAUAGUGACUAGCCACAUACCAGGAGCCUUGUUGGAAGAGCUUUCGAGUUGGUCGGUGCUAAACCUCGAUGCGGCAGCUCCUACGACGGAAAACGAAAUUACAGCCGAUUCUUUUGACGCUUCUCUUCAGAGACAGCGGCCCGAGGCACGAGCCUUUAAGACACAAUUCGAAGAAGAACUGAAAGUCAUCGCGGCUCUAAAGCCCGAAGUUCGCGGCCUUGUGCUUGAUCACGUCAGGAGAAAUGAACAUUGGCCAUUGCAUAAAUCCAUCGAGAACAUACUCGGACCUAUAGAGGAAAUGAGUCACAAGUCAGUCAUCAAGAAGAUCUUGAACAAUGUCCCGGACAAAGAACUUGUUUUUCGUGCACUAUCCUGGAUUUUAUACGCUACACGGCCUCUUACGCCCUGGGAGCUUACGACAGCAAUCACGAUUGGAAUUGAAAGAUCAGGUCUAGAAGAGCAGUUGCGAAUCACUCAAUCAGCUAAUAAGUUCCUGUGCAAGUUGCUAGCCUGGUUCUCAGGCAUCAUUGCCCUCGAUCACAACGAAAUCAUUAUAUCUACACGUGGUGUACGAGAGAUAUUGAUGACAGACUACAGCUAUGGGCCCAAGGACUUCGAUGCCUGGAGUAUUUCUGGUAGAGGAGCGCACAUUAUGAUCGCCAGAACUUGCUUGGCUUAUCUGACUCGUCCAGGGACGAAAGGAAACUUGGAGGCGUUUUACAACGAUUCCCUCUACAACAACUCCCACGUAGCCAUAGUUGACGAUCGCACAACGCUUCAAAACUAUGCUGUACGGUUCUGGAUGCAUCAUCUAUCUCUUGCAUCUAUUGAUCAUGAACCAACAGAUAUUUUGACAUCGUUUAGCAAGUCCGAAAUCGUACCAUAUUGGUCUAGAGCAUAUUGGGUGCUUGCAAAUCCAUUCACAAGGAGUCGGCAGCCUCGUGAGUCUCUAUAUCCUCAUCUAGCUAGUACAGGACUAUUUUUGCAGGCUGAAAAUUGGUGUAAUAAAGAUGAAGAUCUGUCUGAAGGAUUGAUAGAGGCAUGUCUUAACGGAGCCUUACAGACUUUCCGCGAUCUUCUCCUUCGCCGCAAACACUCAGAGGAAGUCCUUACUGAAGCACUGGUCGGUGCUGGUGCUUACGGCGAUAAGGCAAUCCUAAUCGAAUUAGUGGAAUAUAUAACGAAGAAUUACCGCAGUUUCUCUUGGGAUAGUCAAAAGACUAUAGUGGCUCGCGCGAGUUUUCUAGGACUUGACGAAGUCCUUGUCAGGCUUUUGGAGGCUGGAUGUCCUAUUGAUGUCGAAGUACCAGGAGCCUCGAGGCUUGUGACACCGCUUCACCUUGCUGUUCGUGUAAACAACAUCAAUGGUGCCAAACUACUCUUGGAACGAGGAGCAAAUUCGAACCAUGUUAACAAAUUCAAAUGGACAUCCCUUCAUUUAGCAUCGUUUCGUGGCUAUCUAGAGAUGGCAAAACUCCUCGUGCGGUACGCUGCAGAUCCAGAUGCUCAAGACGAAUAUCUACAAUCGCCACUUCACAAUGCUUGUGUAGCCGGACAUUCAAGAUUAGUUGAGUUUUUGGUGGAACUUUACGCAAAUCUGGACAUGAAGAAUCCCAACAGUCAGAACGAGCCGAGCUGGUCGCCUCUUGCAUUAUCUGUCGUAGGAAAUAAUAUAGAGUGCGUUAGGAUACUCCUCGGAGCCAACGCGGAUCCUGAAAUACCCACUCCAUAUUUCGGGACUCCUCUUGCAUGCGCUGUUAAUUAUGGCUGCCUGGAUAUAUCUAGGCUUCUGCUUGUAAAGGGGGUAAAUCCAAAUCAUGAAUUGAUCAAACCUCCAAUACUUCAUCUGGCAAUUGGUUCGAAAGAUGACCGGUUUCGACUUGGCAUAGUCAAAUUACUUAUCGAAAUGGGGGCCAGAGUGAAUGCCGACGAUAUCAACGGGAAUGCGGCAUUACAUCUAGCAUGUUGGUCAGAUGAUCCGCGUAAGCUUCUCACGGUUGAGUAUCUUCUGGAACAAGGGGCUGAUGUGAACCAUCAAAAUCAUGAUGGAAUUGUCCCUUUACACAUCGCAGUAUCAAAAGAUGAUGUGAGAUUGUCACAACUCUUGCUCGACCAUCAUAACAACGUACUGGAAACUGCGACCAGGACAAAAUUUACACCAUUGGUUUUGGCCUUGAAAAGCGAACAGAUGACUAGGAUGCUAUUGGAACGUGGUGCUGAUCCAAACACACGUCCCGACGGCGAUGAACCCGCCCUAUUCUACGCAGUACGGGGAGAUCACAAAGAAGCAGUGAGACUAUUAGUUCAGUAUGGUGCUCAGAUAGACCCACCGAAUGGACUACGAGACGACACGAAAUGGGAGCCAAUGAAGAGCGCGGUCUUCUAUGGACAAGAAGACAUCAUUAGGAUCCUCGCUGAAGGCGGCGCGGAUGUCAACCGUCGAUUCAGCGAUGGUUCGACUCUCAUACUCACAGGACUGAACAGCACUGGGUUGAGAGCACUCCUGGAAUUCAGACCCAAAGUAGAUGUCCAGGAUAAUGAUGGUAACGCGCCGCUUCAUUAUAUCUAUGAGCAGACGCCGCUUGAGAAUGUCAAACUACUCGUCCGCGCGGGGUCUGAUAUCAAUCUCACGGGGUACCGGAAUCAAACGCCUUUAUGUGAAGCGUUAAGGUGCGGGCAUGAAGAAGCAGCUCGAUACUAUCUGUCAAGGAAAGCCGACGUUAACAUACUUUCUCCUGUCUAUGGAGGCUCGUUGCAUACGGCCUGCAGCGCAGGCCUAGUGGAUUUAGUCCCAGAGUUACUAAAGGCAGGGGCAGAUGUCAAUUUGGUCGCCGAUGAAUUUGUUGGAACACCACUCUCGUCGAUAUUCAUUCAAUACUAUAGCAUCGAGAGCUCCUAUGAGAAAAAGUCCCAAUUGAUUAACAUCCUUUUCAACGCGGGAGCCGAUCCUAUGAUAACAGGCGGCUUGUUCGGCAAUGUCGCAGGUGCUGCGGCUUUGGGCGGCAAUAGCAUUCACCUUGGUAUGCUUGCUUCAAAAGGUGUGAGCUUCCUCUCUGUUGACGGUAUGGGCAGACAGCCGCUUCACAUGGCCGCCGUGCACGGGGAUCGGGAUAUAGUUUCCUUCAUUUUAGAUGCCGGCGGUAAUGUCACCGACAAGGAUAAAAUUGGACGCAAUGCUAUAAGUUGGGCUGCUCAAGGAGGCAGCAUAGAAAUAUUGGAUGAUCUUCUACAUCUUACCGGUGACGAUGUUAUCAACGAGCCAGACAUAGACGGAUGGACCCCACUGUAUUGGGUCGCAAGGGGUAUCGGGAAUGAAAUCCAACAUGCGGGAGGGAAUCAAUACGACACGAUCAAGAUGCUGCUAGGUCGUGGUGCGGAUAGGACUAUCAAAUCAUCUAUAAACGGGAGGGAGUAUACACCGGCAAUAAUUGCCAGAUAUCACAGCUGUGGCUCUGAUAUCUUAGAACUUCUCAUCCCUGGCGAUGAAAAGGACCGACAACUAUUCAGCGACAAAUCACCAACGCCUCCAAAGCAUAGGCGUCUCAACUAUCACCUCAUUACCUGUGACUUUUGCCUGUUCUCUUGCUACGGUCUAAGGUACAAAUGCAGAACAUGCAUGGAUUUCGACCUUUGCUAUAAGUGUUAUAACUCAAAGGACAAGUUGCACUUCCCCGAUCAUGAAUUUGAGGAGUUUGGCCCGGAGUUUGAUAUGGACGAGGUAGCCUCCCACUCUCGAAGUUCGUCGCCUGGAUCAUCGCCAGAUGAGGCCUCGAGCUCAUCUGACCCUGAUUCCGACGGUGAAAGCGGUAAUGAAUCGGUGACAUCUCCAAUUGAUGGGUGA